GACCAAUUUAUACUAGAAUAUAAGAUAGUAGUAGGACCAAUGUUGAGUAGAGUAAUAACUACAGUGGAUUGACAUGAAUUUUGGGCAGAGUAUUGCAUUGUUCAAAGUUGGAUACAAGUGAUGGAUAAGAGUUGGAUGCAAAAGUCAAGGGUGAGCUUGGAAUAUGUUAAGGGCAUGAAGGAAUUCAUUGAGUUUGCAUUCAACAAUGCUGCUAGCGAGGGGAAGAUCUUAUGUCCAUGUGUAAAGUGCGCCAACCUCUUUUGGCGUGCUCAUAAAGAAGUGGUAGAUCAUCUUGUGUGUGAGGGAAUUAUGCCGAAUUACACCCGUUGGGUGUUUCAUGGGGAGGCGUCUUCUUCAUCGACUUUCGGCCCUGCAACUAGUACACAUGAUGAUAUUCCUCCACGUGAUGACAUGCAUGGAUUGUUGCAUGAUGUGUUUGGAAUAUCAGGUGUGGAUGACAUGCCAACUGAGUUGCCAUCACAGGAGCCAAUACAAGAGGAACCGAAUCCUGAAGUUGAAAGAUUCUUCAGGUUGUUGCAAGACGCUGAACAAGCCUUAUGCACUCCCCGAGGGUGA